UUAAACUCACGAAGAAGAAACGUCAACAUGAACAAAACUGGCGGGGCAGCAGCAGCAGCAGCAGCAGGUGUUGUGUUGUGUGAAACCUCACCUUGCAGUAUGGACGCUCGCAGGUCUCUGUGUCGGUUUGACGGGCGCUCGAAGCUGCUGGUCCGGUCGCUUCUGUCCGGAGCCUCCGGUGCUCACCGAGCUCUGAGCGUCUUUCGCAAACAGCAGCGGGCCAACCCCGAAACGUCGCUGUGUAACUUCAUUGAAACACUCUGCCAAGACGAAAUAACGUGUCCGGACACUGAAGCCCAGCCACUGACGGUUAAACCCCUGGUGUGCCUGUUUCCAGCAUUAUUCAAACAGAACCUGCUGUCCUUCGUGUAUCUGGUCUACCCAGUUCUUCCUCGCACUACUAUCAUCCACCUGCUCAAAUGCCUCAGCCAGGACCCUCAUCCGACCCCCUGGGUCAGCACUCUGGUUAGACAGCUGGAAAGAAACCUGAGGGGCCACAGAGAGGAGCCUCUGUGUACUCCACUGUGCAGCCAGAGACUCAAGGAGCUGUCACAGCGUUUGGUUGGUCUUGGUGAGACUGGAGGAUGGGCCGAGUGCUUCAGCGGUCAGCAUGUAGAAUCUGGAUCUCAGAGUGCAUCUGGUUUAUCAGAGCUGGGGACACAAAGAAAAAGAAAGAGCAGCUUUGUCAGUCCGAACUCAGAUGGUGAGGAAACAGGACAGCAGAGUAAACGGAUAAAGAUGGAUGUCGGUGGUAGUGAGGGUCUCAAUGCUGAAGAGCAGAGUGCAAAAGAAGAAAUAACAGAAAGAUUAGAAGUUGAUGCUCCAGGAGAGACUCGUGCUAAAGAAACAGCACCAGGCAGUCUGAGUGAUGCCCUGCCUGAACACAUAAAGGUCGCUGUUUUUCAAAUGAAGGAAUUGCUGGAAAGUCACACCGAGUGGGAUCAGAGUGCCAUGGAUGUGUUCAAAGUGCUGAAUGAGUGUGACCUCAGCCAAGUGGAGGUGUUAUGUAGCAUGCUGAGUUUACCUGACUUACCAGAGCAGACUCUGCCUAAACUGUGCGGCAGUAUUUUGGCUCCCUCUCUUGACCUCAGCUACAGCACAGCAGCAACACUCAUCAAGAGCCUCUUGCUGGAGAAGGUCCUGUCUCUGUCAGAACCGGCCUCUCGAUGUCUAGUCACUGCAGUGACUUCACUGUGUAGCAGCUUUCCCAGACCAAUGUGCGAUGCUCUAAUCGGACCAGUUAUAGAGGGAAAGAACAUCGGGAAUCCACAGGCUGAGCUGCUGAACAGACUGAUAGAAGGCUGCCUGGAUUCCCAUUACAGACUGCUGGUGCUUCAAAUGACAUUCAAAAUAGCGUGGAGUGAGGCGCUGCUCUCAAUGAUCCACAGCUUGCUAGACUCCAAGCCUGACUUGAGUGAAGAACAGUUCACACAGUUCACCGAACAGCUCGUCAGCCAAAGUCCUCAGUUCACAAAGUCUGUCAAGUUUGCAAAAAUGUUGCUAACAGUCCUCACCAAAUAUAGCACUUAUGUGACUGCUGCACACAAACACUCCCUGAACAGUUGCCUGAUGUUAAAUGAGACGUUCCUGAAAAAGUCUCUGCAAGCUGCUUUGAAAAGAAUCACACACUCGUGAUGUUUCAUUUAAACAAAUGCGCCUUAAUAAACAUGUUUAAAUAAGUUCUUGACU